GAGGCCCCGCCGCGGCCGCGAAGGGCGCCGCGGGGCACCCGGGCGCCGUGGUGGCCGUGGUUCAGGCGUCGUCCAGCGAGGGCUCGUCCAGCAGCAGCGCCUCCUCCGCCCGGCCCGCCGCGCCGCGGGCGCCCGCGGGCGCCGGCCGGGCCGGCGGCUCCAGCAGACCGGCAGCAGCGCCAGCAGCUGAGCCUCCACGGCCGCCGGGCUCGGGGCCCGCGCGCCGGCCGGGGGCGCUGCCCGUGGCCUCGGGGCCUUCCUGGCAGGAAGAGCGUUCGACCUCCUUCGCCUCUUCCUCCUCCAUCCCCUCCUCCUCCUUUUCCUCCUUCUCCUCCUCCUUCUCC